AGAAAUUACCAUAAAUUCAAAGUGUUAAUAAUAAUAAUAAUAAUAAUAAUAAUACAUUGAAAGAUAUCAAGUUCUCUUGAGGUAGUGCUUAAUUGGGGCUGAAAAUCCUAAAGAAAGAAAAAAAAAACAAGAUUUGAAGUUAUCAGUGCAAAGGUUGUGUGACUUCAAUUCUACUGGAUAUUAUUUGUGAUUCAGGUUAAAGAAAAUAGAUUUAAACAACUGUCAUGAAUAACGCUUGAUUUAUCAAGCACAUAUAAGAACUGUAGCAAUGACCGUGAAUGUAGCAUACGAUAACCAAAGUUUUUGAAUAGAAGUCAUGGACUCACAGAGUCAGAAUGCAUCAUUGCAACGUCUCCAAACCGUUGAGAAGAGAAUUGUUAGAGUAUUGGAACUUGCUGGCGGGGUGAUGGAGGAAUUCUCAAAUCCUAGUGGGCCCAGAAAGGAUUUGGUCAACAAUCACUGCAGUGAAUUCAUGCAAUUAAUAAAGGAUAUACAAGUGACUCUGAGAGAAGAAAUUAAGAGUGCAUGCGAGUACCGUCCUUUUGAGAAGUGUGAUUACGUGGCACGAAUUUCAAAUGAAAUAUGUUGUAAGAAAGUGGAGUAUGUUCUUCAGAAAUUGGAUGGGAUGAAAGAAAUGAUUGAUGAAUAUCAUCAGGAAACCUGAUUCAAGCUGUCUGACUGGAUUGGGAGACCGGAAGUCACUGGUCUUAUAUGAUGCUGGCUACUGUUCAUUUUAUGGAGUGAGGCUCAUUAUUUUGUAGUAAAUUAUCUCAUUAAUAGUAUCAAGAUGUCUUGGGUAACAAAUAUUAUGUUGGAUGGAAGAAACAAUGUUUUAGUUUGGAUGAUGUAUGUAGGUUUAACUCGAAUGCAUUCUGAUUACUACGAGAGGAGUAGUUAUUUUCAAUGUA